GUGACAUAGCUAGUAAGUUUUAAGUGUUUUUCUUUUUUAUUAUUUUGACGUACUUGAUAAAAUCUUCGAAAUAAAAAGUGUUCAAAUAUUUGCUUAACGUAAAUAUUUUGAAACAACUUCGGGUUAAAUUAGGUCAAUGAGUGUAAAUUCUGCUUCUCCACUUUCUUUAAUUGAACGCAAGAAGCUACAAUGGGCAAAAGAAAAGGAAGAACUCGCAGAGUUAAAGGCACCUUGGGGUGUGGCUGAGGAAGAUUUUAAAAAUUUUGACAGACAUGCAAGACAAAUGAAGAGAAGCAGUCUUCCACCUCUUUAUAAGAACCAAUACAACUCUUACGAUAAAGAAAAAGAAAUCGGCGGUGAGACUUCCGGUUAUGGUAGCGACAAUGCCAUUCAAUCUCCAGAUUACGCCCAAACCUGGCACCAAUCAGGAUACGAAUCGUCCUCUAGUAGAGAUGACAGAUUGAAAUGGAGUAAUAGAAGCAUAGGAACAAACAAAGUUUGGCCACCGAAAGAGGAAUCAGUUGAAAAAGUAGGAACGAAUGAACCUCCUAAUUGGGUUAAACGAGGUUUAAAAAAUGGAGAAAUUAUGGUUAAUAAUACUUCGCCUGCAGAGUCUCCAGAACAUGUAUUUGAUGAAGAGCGCCCACAGACGUCGUCUAGUUAUUCAAAUAAUCGCGCCAGCUUUUUAAGGGGUCAAAACAUCCCUAUCGAUCCACUUGAACUAGCUGAAAGAGAAAGAAGAAGACAAGCGGCGUUAGCUCAUCAAGAUGCAAUCCUUCGACAAUUAGACGAAAGGGAAAAGAAACGCCAGGAAGAAAAGGAACGCAGAAUAAAAGAAGAAUACGAAGAAGAGAUGCGUAUACAACGAGAACAAGAAGCGGAAAACAAACGAAAAGAACGAGAAUUGAGAUUAGUGCAAGAGAGACUAGAAAAAGAACAGAAACGGAAAGAAGCUAUUGAAGAAGCUAUAGAAAUAGCGCAAAAAGAGGCGCAACUAGCUAAAGCUAAAAAGAAUAAACAUAAUAAUUAUAUAAAUAGUUUAAAUAAUUUACAAACAAGAAGCAAAGUAUUAAAUAAAUCAGAUAUUAAUGUGGUGGAGUUGAACAACAAUGAAAAUAGUGAUAAAAUAAGUAAUAAUGACGCAAAAACCGAAAAUUUUAACAAUGAUGUCAAUAACAAUUCAGAAACAAACGCAAUCAAACCAGUUUCUCCAAGAAUCAUAAAAAAUAACGAUACUGCUAGUAAUGAUGAUUCAAGUUUACCAAACUCUCCUGGUACUAAUAAUCUACCAACUCCUACAUUUCCUAACAAUUUAGCCUUUAUAGUCCCAACUCCUUAUGACAAUCUACAACAUAUACAAUACGCAAUACUUAUACCUCAAAAUAUACCAGUCAAUCUUUCUAUAAACAAAUCAUAUACCAACAGUAGUACACAAACUGAAGACUACACAAAUUCUUGUUGUGAAAAUCAGGAAAAAUCUAUCACAGAGAAAUUUUCCAAUAUAGAUUUAUGUUAUGAACCUAGAAACAGAAAAGAGCGACGUAGUAGAAGCCAAAGUUUGGAGGAACGUCCGAAAUGGGGCGCUAACAAACCCCCAGCAAGGUACGUGAAGCAGAGCGAGAAAGAUUUGCUGUAUCAAAGAAGAAAAUUAAGGCAGAAAUUAACAGUAAUUAAAACUUAUGAUGAUAAAAAUUCCAGUGACGAAAGCUUGAACGGUACUCCACGAUUGUAUAGAAAAAAGGGAGGUAAUAACAAACGACAUUCAAGAAGCAAUUGGAGGUGCGAAGAAUUAUCUGCAAGAACAGAUAUAAUUCCGCUAGAAUGCAGUAGGAAUCAUAUUUAUUACAAAGCAUGUCACUACUGUUGUAUAUGUAGAUGUUGCAGACAUAAAAAUUCUGCAGAAAGGAUUAAAGAAGAUAAUAAUAUAUUAAAAAUAAAUAAUUCUCCACGGGAUAGUUUAAUAUACGAUUCAUCAAUAAAUGCAAGCGAAACAUUACCGAAUUUAGAAAAUAAUGACAUGUACGUCAAAUUAUCGAAAUUACAGAACAAUUUGUUGAAUAAACAAAACGAAUGGGAAAAUAUACUUGUUACGACUCCAUAA